UUUAGUCAUCGGAUCUCCACGAAAAUCUUAACACUCAAAUCGCACGAAUUGCGGUUAAAGUAAAAAGCAAAACUACAUAUGAAGGUAAUAAUUAUUGCGCAACAAAUGGUAAUUAUUGGCCAAGAUUAUUUAAUGAAAAUCACCGAUGUGCCAAAGUUCCUUUUGAAGUUCUCCUAAUCAUCGUCCUCAACAGUUAGGAAUUAACGCAAGAUCCUAGAAGAUAAUGUGAUAAACUAUCUCACCAUUCGCUAAUUGAAACCGGUAAGAUAAGAUGCCAUCACAGGUAAAACACAAAUAAUAAGCGAUUCGCCUUAACAAGCUCUUAUUCGUUGAAACUCGCGCUUGCAAACAGUUUUGAUACCCGCAAAUCGUAUAUAGUAUCGACCUACUCACCUCGUGUGGUACAUCGGGAGUAGAAACGCUAAUUUACCCCGUUUUUGCUCAAUUUUUAUUUUUUUUUGCAAUUCGCGAGCAUGGCCAUUGAUUUAGUCAAGCCCAAAUGUUUCGUUUUUGUGCUGUUCCUUCGAUUUGCGGACCUCCAUGCGUAUAAUGCUCAAUAUACAGAUUCGGAUGAUGCCGACUUAUACGGAAAAUCAAUCACGAUCGACGAAUAUAUUCAGGAUACCACCAAAGCUGAACCGCUUCCAGCGGAAAGAACCCUUGAAACUGGUGCAGUGAUUUGGUACAUUGCAUCCUUUGGCGGUCUGGUUCUGUUCUUCUUUAUCGUGUCCUGUAGCGAAUGGUGCUGUAGAAGAAACGCCCGAAGAAACUGCCAGAGGAACAGCAAUCCUCAAACCGUGCAAGUGAUUGUUGAUACUCCGCCUUCGUAUGAUCAUUUUGCGCCUCCAGCCUAUGAAGAUUUGUGGGUGGGCAGCAGCCAGAGUACCAGAGGAGAAAAGAACGAAUAUGAUAUUUACGUUGUGCCAGUGCAUGCCUUAGGCACUCUUCUGGUCCAACAGACAGAAGAAGCUCCUCCUUCAUACCAAAGUGCCAAUGCAAGUGUUCAGCACAGCGCCGUGUCUUCGAGUCAUCCAGUUAGUAGAGUAACGUGAUAAUUCGGCCAAAUAAACAGUUUGUUGGGAAUUGCAAAAAACGAGGGGGGACGAAUUAUUUAACCUGCGAUUUUGGUUAAAACACACGACGGAAAGUGAUGACAAUAUUGGAAAAAUUGGCUCUCAAAUCAGAGUUUUACAUAAUCCAGAUAACCGGGUGGUAAACAUUGGAGAAAAACAAUUUAUGCUUUCAAAGACCUGCCAAGUUUCAAGCCGUAAACACACAAAAAAAUUGAAAACAGUGUGGAAUUUUUGAUUAAUCCAACUAAGCUUUGAGCAAAUAUGUCGAGAUAAAGUUUCAUAUCUUAACGUGCGUUAACUAAAGGUGUUAUAGGAAAAUAAAGCCAGGCCAACUAAAAACAAGAUUUUGCUUUAUCAUUUCAUUCAUACCAAUGUUGAUAUUGCUGUUUCAGAAUUGAUUCUCAUGGGUUUUGUGAGUGUAAUUUUCUAUUUUUUCGACGAUACUGCAGCGCCUGAAUUGAGGCAAUUUCUCUAUAAAAACAUCAAAAAACAGUUGUGAAGUGAAUUGUACCUGUUUGUAUAUAAAAUAAGCCCAAUUAUUUAUUAACUCCAUCACGACCUUACGAAUUUUUACUUUUAUAAAUUUAGGCAUCGGGCCUAAAAAUGUGAUAUUAUAUAUGAAAUAUAUUUUUUAAGUAUAAA